AAAAACAUUUUUUCUGGAGAUAUGACCUUACAAAAAAACUAAAAGUUUAUGGUGUUGAAUUUGUAACACUGUUUGUUGAACUAUAGACUAAAAUCUAGGCAUGAAAGGAAAGUUGUAAUAAAUAAUUUUCAAUCUUUGGUUCACUAAGAAUCCACGUUUUUAAGAUAUAUUACCCUUUCGUUGCAAAAAUAAAAGAUCCCAAAAAUAUAAUUUUUUAGCUACUGACUGAUAUUAAAAUUUGGGCAAGCCUUACAAAAAGUACAACAAAAUCUGAACUAACAACCAUUUUGACCCGAAACUUUGGCAAUGUUCAUGAAACAUGUUUAAUUGCAUACUGACAAAGUUUUAUCAAAAUCUGAGAUAUUCCAGUGAGGACCUCUAGACCACUUGUCAGGAAUGACCCAAUAUUGGUUCAAAGAGAAUUAAAGGAGAAGAAUGAUUUCGGUAGUGGAUAUUUCUAUAACUAGUGGGUCUGGAACAUCCAACAAUGGUAAUACAGCAAGAUGUUUUUACAGGUCUUCAACAUUUACAGACUUGAAUCGAGCAGUAGCAGUCCCUUAUACUCAAGGAAAUUGGGAAGGAAAGUUGGGAAGCGAUCUUAUACGAUUUAUUGACGCACCAAAUGCAACUGUUCGAGUUAAUAUUGCAGCUAUUCAUAGUUCAGAAAAUUUUUUUAUAAAUGGAUCUAAUUGGGAAGGAAUUCUUGGUCUUGGAUAUGCACGUCUGUCUAAACCAGACAGCAGUGUUACACCAUUGUUUGAUCAAUUUGUCAUUUCUGAUGUUGUUGAAGAUACCUUUUCCAUGCAGUUGUGUAGUACUUCAGAACUCGAUCCUUCAUCUGAACCAACUGUUGCUGGAACAAUGGUUUUUGGAGAAAUGGAUGAUGAUUUAUACAAAGGUGAUAUGUUGUAUACCCCAAUUGUGAAAAAAUGGUAUUACGAAGUUGUUAUCACUGACAUGUCUGUCAAUGGUAUAAGUUUAGGAGUACAUUGUAAGAAAUAUAAUUAUGACAAAACAAUAGUUGACAGUGGCACUACUAAUCUCAGAGUCCCUGAAGAAAUAUUUAAUCUUAUAUUGACUCAGUUAAAGAAAUAUGAUAAGCUUGGAGUUCCUGAUGAAUUCUGGAUUGGGCGACAAAUGAUGUGUUGGAAUUAUGAUAAAACACCAUGGGAAGAAUUUCCUCAUAUGUCAAUAUCUUUGUUAUCAUCACUAAGCAGCUCGAAGGAGUUUGUAUUGAAAAUUCCUCCACAGCUGUAUCUUCGUGAAACAAUUGAGAGGGGACCACUUCCUGGGCAGCAUUGCUAUAAGUUUGCAAUAACUAAAGCAGAAAAGGGAACUGUAAUAGGAGCAGUAGUAAUGGAAGGUUUUUAUGUGGUUUUUGACCGGGAAAAUAUUCGUGUAGGUUUUGCCGCAACUACUUGUGGGGCCGAAGGGCGGCUUAAUCCGCGAUCAGAGGUUUCCGGACCAUUUAUUAGAGCUGAUCCAACUGAUUGUGAAUAUAUUGAGUCAGAACUUGCUGACACAGCUCUUUUAACAGUAGCUUAUGUAAUGGCCGGUGUUUGCGGAUUGUGCUUACUUCCGGUUUUUGUAUUGCUUGGUCAAGCUUCUUGCAAAAAAAGUGUUGAGAAAGCUGGUGUCCCAAGAGAUUAUUGAUAUCUUUAUACUCUUCAUAAAUUAAUUGUUCUGUAAUUAUGAGUCUAUAUAAAUAAUUUUUUAAUUAUUAAUAAGCUUUUAUAUAUGUUUAAAACUGUUAAUAAAAAAAUGUUAAUAAAAUUAAC